AAUACAUUUUUGCAUUGAAGGAGGCUUGUAGUUUGUUUUAAGACAGACAUGAAAAAUUGUGAACUUGUCCUUUAAGCAAAGAAUCUGAAAAGGUCAGAGGAUCCAAGAGGGGGAAAUGUUGAAUAAACUGGUAAAAUCAACAAAGCUCUGAACUAAUGUUAACAUUUAUGUUUUGUUCUUUUAUUUAUGACGAAUUGUUUCCAUUUUCUGAAGCUGUCAGUAUGAGGUAUGAACAUGGGUCACUUAAAAACCAUAACAAUAAAUUUGGACGAGAUGAGAGGUUUGAAAACUUUCCAUCCCGACUGCAUGUUUUUCCAACCUGCAGCCCUGCUGGAUUAAUACAUGGCACCAGUUUCACUCAACAUUAACUUGAAUAACAACGAUUUGCAGUGAUACAUGCCCCAAGUCUAGAUUUUGAAACAAGGCUCUUCCACAUGACAGAGCUUCCAGAUCGGAUUUAGUCUCCAGUUACAGUCACAAUAGUCCAGUCUGCUAAAAACUAAAGCGUGAAUGAGCUUUUCCAGGUCAUGUCUGGACAACAGACCUCUGAUUCUGGUCCUAUAUUUGAAGUGAUAGAAUGCUGAUUUCACAAUUGACUUGAUAUGACUGCUAAAACUGAGGUCUCAAUUUAGUAUAACACACAGAUUUCUUACAGUGGAUCUGGAGUUAUAAAAUAAAAGAUCUUCAGGUGGUCACUCACAACCACUUUCCUUUUUUGGGGGGCCAAAAACAAUGAUUUAAUUUAAUUUGAGGAAACAAUGACUUCAUUUAAUUUAAGGAAACUUAGGUGCAUCCAGAUAUUGAUUUGAUUGAUAUGUUGCAGCAAGGAGCUUAAGUGGUACACAUACUCAAUUUUUUUUUUUUAAAUCAGAUUACCACAAACCAGCUGACACGGGGCGAACACGGGGCUUUCGGGCACACUGGGAUCAGGGGCUCGGGGGUACAUGUCCUCUUUGCCUCGGUUAUUGUUCCAUGUGGCCUCGGUGGGUGGACGGACGGACGGACGGACGGACGGUCCAUCCUGCUGCCUGUUGUUCCGCCAUCCCGCCAAUGAGCGCCGGGCUGCCGCUGAGCUGCAGUCCAAUGAGAGCAGCAGCGUCUGGGCUCGGAUCGAGAGUUGGGUUGUUCAAUCUGAGUGAGGAGGACAACAAGCAGCCCUGAGUGAACCGGAUGGACGGACUCUGGCGAUGGUAACGUUGCCCACAGUUUCCCCCAUUAUCAGAUGUUACAAAUGCAGUGACGAGCAGAGAUAAGGCCCGGCGUUAAUGUACACUUCAUCAACCGGCUUUCAGUGAUGAAUGUCACCGGGGAGUUUUUAAACGGUUAACGGCGCAGUCAGUUAGCGCGCUAAGCUGCUCGGCGUUAGUUAACGUUGGCCACCAACAACAACCGUUACGUUAACUUCGAUUGUCCUCAGCAAACGCGUUAGCCUCGUAGCUAACCAUAGCUGCGGCUGCAAGCUAAUAACAUAAACGGUAGCUACUUGGUGCCAACCGUUUUAUUUAAUGUUUUAACAAAGUGCCUUUUUCGGUAAGACACAGCUAGGCAAUGCUAGCCCCGUGCAGAGCUGCUGGAGCUAGCGGUUAGCGGGGCUAGCUAACUUAUUGCUCGCCGGGCUGCUUCAGACCAACAAAGUUGUUGGAUGUUCCUGGAGAGUGGCUCUCUGACUGCUCUUUGUUCUGGCUCAACAUGGGGAUGGUUGGAUAAGUUAGCUUAGCAUGGCGAUAAGAGCCACCCAGUCUUGAACGAGACAACAGGCGUGAAAACACGGGACAGAAACAGUCUGGGAUAAAACAACGUUUGUGAAUAUCACCGUCAGUCAGACGCGUUGUUAAAUAGACACAGUCGGUUAACAUGCACCUUCAAUAGCACAACAUAACAAACAACGAUGUGGGCAUGCUGCUGUAAACCAGUUGCACCAGUUUGCAAGUUAACACCGUCUUUUCAAUAAAAAUGUCAGUUCUGCAAGGAGUGGAUAAUUUAUUUUGAACAAAGAUGAAAACAAACAAAAGAAUGGCAGCGCUGGUACUGGUGGUGAAGACAAUUAAUUAACGCUAACCACAUCAUUUAAAUGGACAGACAGCCAUUCCCUUUCAUGUCAACAUUUCUGCUUGUAUUUAUAGCUGUUUAAAUGCUUUUAAUAUUGUCUAUAUAGAAAUGAGCAUGCUGAGUUAGGUUUCAAUCGAGGCUUAUUUUUACUGAACACAUUUAAACAUCACCUGAUAAUUUCUGAAACUGCUUAUUUGGCAAUGCAUUAUAACAGCUACACUGUAUUUCAUUUUAAUUGUGAUACUUGCAUAUGACCAGUAUGAACAUCAUCUGUGUAACUAAAGCAUAACUGCUUUUGUGUUAUCCAAUGUCUAGUCAAGUCUAUUUGCAUAUAACCCAGUGUUACACACAACAUCUCAAUGGGCUUCAGGGUCCCAAAGUAAGACACAGGGAAACCUCCAGAAAGAAAAACAAUGUUCCUGUGAGGGUCGGUGGUGACGGUGGGCAUGGAUGAUAAAGCUGAAUGUUGCUGUUGAGUUUUCUGUGAUAAUGUAUUGUCCCAAACCCGAACAAGCCAACUACCUUUACAAAUGAGUCGCUGUUCGGUUACAGGACGUGUGUCCUAUCACUGAGGCCACAUGUGUAUCUGGAGAGAUGGAUCGUUGUAAGCACGUGGGACGCCUUCGUCUGGGCCACGACCAUUCCAUCCUCAACCCACAAAAAUGGCACUGUGUGGACUGCAGCACCACAGAUUCAGUGUGGGCCUGCCUCAAGUGCUCCCACGUGGCCUGUGGACGUUUCAUGGAGGAGCACUCGCUGAAACACUUUCAGGAGUCACACCACCCACUGGCUAUGGAGGUGCAUGAGCUGGAUGUCUUCUGCUUUGCCUGUGGAGACUAUGUACUCAAUGAUAACGCAGAGGGAGACCUCAAACUCCUCAGAGGGGCUCUCUCUACUGUUCGGAGCCCAGGUAGUCGCUCACUACGCUCCUCGACUGGGGGGGAGUGCACCCCCUGGUUUGGGGAAGGUGGGCCGCAGCCUGCCAUGCAGCUGGCCCUGCGUCACAGGAGGAAAGCUCUCCUUGGGAAGAUGUUUCAGAGGUGGAUGGGCAAACACGAGGAGCUGCAGGAUCAGCGGAAAGAGAAACUUGAGGAAGCUAGAAGACAAAAGAAAGAGGUAAAAAGGAGACUCAUGGAAGAGCUUGGCAAUGUCCCUCCCAGAAAGAGUGCUAGGCUUCUUACUCAGGCGCCACGUUCAACCAUCACACUCAUUCCUCGCAAAUUUCGCGACCCUCCAGAACGCCUACCUCCUCCUUCCAAGAAGCCUUCCCUUCUAACCCUGUCCCGUAAGGCUCCUCAGAAUGGCAGAGCUGCUAAACUGAGGCGAUACUACUCCACUCACACGGUAACACGCCGGAGACUUGCUCCAGGUGUCACCGGUCUGCGCAACUUGGGGAACACAUGCUACAUGAACUCUAUAUUGCAAGUGCUGAGCCACCUGCAGAAAUUCAGGGAGUGUUUUCUCACUUUGGACCUGUGUGAGACUGAGGAGCUGCUGGCCAAGACCAAUCACUCCCAGGGAAUGAAGGGGGUGGCAGGAGGUGUAGUCAGCAGUGGUAACACAGCACUGUCAGGAUGCCCUCUUGGGCGCAUGGGGAAGGCAGGCAGUUGGAAUUUGCCGGUGGGCAAAAAAGAAAGCGCCCCGCCUACCCCGCAGGCCGCCGAGUUGGUCCAGCCCAAGGAGCCUCGCUGCUCAACCCGCCAGCAGAUGUCUCUGUGCCAUGAGUUGCAUACACUUUUCAGGGUUAUGUGGUCAGGCCGGUGGUCUUUGGUAUCUCCCUUCGCCAUGCUGCACUCUGUGUGGAACCUCAUCCCAGCUUUCCGCGGUUAUGACCAGCAGGACGCCCAGGAGUUCCUGUGUGAGCUGCUGGACAAGGUGCAGCAGGAGCUGGACACAGAGGGGUCCAAACGCAGGAUAGUUAUCCCCAUCACGAAGAGGAAACUUUCCAAGCAAGUGCUAAAGGUUCUGAACACCAUCUUUCAUGGGCAGCUACUCAGCCAGGUGACCUGUCUGUCCUGUAAGCACAAGUCUAACACAGUGGAGCCAUUCUGGGAUUUGUCUUUGGAGUUUCCAGAGAGAUACCACAGUGUAGACAAAGGCUCUGGCUCUACAGCUUACCAGCGCAGCUGCACCCUCACCGAGAUGCUGUCCAAGUUUACAGAGAUGGAGGCUCUUGAAGGCAGCAUCUAUGCCUGCAACCACUGCAACAAAAAAAGACGGAAAACAUCCCACAAGCCCUUAGUUCUGUCAGAGGCAUGUAAGCAGCUUCUGAUCUACCGUUUACCUCAGGUUCUACGGCUGCACCUCAAACGCUUCAGGUGGUCGGGGAGGAACCAUAGGGAGAAGAUCGGCGUCCACGUGGCCUUUGACCAGGUUCUGAACAUCAAACCCUACUGCUGCACAGGCUCAGGUCACUCUGUCCACAGAGGAGGCUACACCUACGAUCUUUCUGCUGUAGUUAUGCAUCAUGGUAAAGGCUUUGGCUCAGGGCACUACACCGCAUACUGCUACAAUACAGAAGGAGGUUUCUGGGUCCACUGUAAUGACUCUGAGAUGAAGGUUUGCAGUGUGGAGGAAGUGUGCAACACUCAGGCCUAUAUUCUCUUCUAUACCCAGAGGUCUGCCUAGGUACCUCUUGCUGUGAUGUCGACCUGUACGUGGCAACUUAGGGCUGCAUUUAUGAAAAUGUUCUCUGAUGUUUUCCCAGAUGUCAUUAAACAAUCACUUUGAAAUGAUUUACUAAAAAAAGAUGGCAAUGAGGGCAGUAGGACAGCCACAAUCAUGAGUCAAGGUGUAACAAAAAAAUUCUUAGCAGCUUAAUCCAAAUGAGAAAGAUGAAAAUUAUGGCAUAGAUAGAGCAAUUUUUACAAGAUAAAUUGAAAGAAUUUGUGAAUUUGCAUUAAAUUUUUGUGGAUUCUAUUUGAUUUUAGGUUAAAAACAAAUAGCAAACCUUUUCAUAAAUGAGGCCACAGGUUUCUCAGCCUGUGGGACCAGCAUAUUGGUUUAUGGCCUGAAGACUGUGGCAGCAGGUCCGACUCUGUCCUGCUGAACACCAAGUUGUGUGUCCAUGUUUUUUAAAAACAAUCAGGCUCAUGUGUGUUGAGUCUGGAAACAACCAGGCGCUCUCCUGAGACAGCAUUUUACAUUGAAAGGCAACACAGACUCUGGAGUUUGGAGCAUUUUAUUCUCAGAGACGAUCUCAGUAAUGUUGUUAAUGUGCGUUUUAUAUGUAACUGUACAUUUGAUCCAAAUAGGGGUGUAACGGUACACAAAAUUCACAGUUCAGUAUGUACCUCGGAUUGGGGGUCAUGUUUCAGGACGAUUUCAGUACAUCAGAAAAAAAAGAAAGGUAGAAUUAACAUUUUGGUCUUUCAUUUUGAAUGAAACAAUGGCUCAUUGGC